CCGUUCUUAUAUCAAUGGGGAUUGUUGUUCUCACUAUGAAGGCAUCUGUUAUUGAAAUGUUCCUUGUUUUGCUGGUGACAGGAAUACAUUCUAAUAAAGAAAUGACAAAGAAGAUUAAAAGGCCCAAGUUCGCUGUGCCUCAGAUCAACUGUGAUGUCAAAGCUGGAAAGAUCAUUAAUCCUGAGUUCAUUGUGAAAUGUCCAGCAGGAUGCCAAGACCCCAAAUACCAUGUUUACGGCACUGACGUGUAUGCAUCCUACUCCAGCGUGUGUGGCGCUGCGGUGCACAGUGGUGUGCUCGAUAAUUCGGGAGGUAAAAUACUUGUUCGGAAAGUUGCUGGACAGUCUGGCUAUAAAGGGAGUUAUUCCAACGGUGUCCAAUCAUUAUCCCUACCACGAUGGAGAGAAUCCUUCAUCGUCUCAGAAAGUAAACCCAAAAAGGGUGUAACCUACCCAUCGGUUCUUACAUAUUCAUCAUCCAGAAGCCCAGCUGCCCAAGCAGGUGAGACCACAAAAGCAUGUCAGAAGCCAAUCGUUCCAGGGACAACUGCGCAGCCUGUCACUCUGAUGCAGGUUCUGGCUGUCACCGCAGACAAGGCCACCCCCAGCAUCUUGCCAAAGCCAUCCUCAUCCACAGCCUCUACCACCAGCAGCCCCAGACCACAGCCUGUGGGCUACAGGAGCCGGGAGAUGGAUCUCUGGUCCACCACCACCUACACAAGUGGCCAAAACAGUCUGGGCGCCAAUUCAGAAGCUGUCCUCCAGAAACCUAUCAGAGCAGAUGUCGGUCUGGGAGAAAUGGACUUGUGGAGACCCGGAUCGGUCCUUUUAGAUGCAGGAUUUGUUCCAAAAGAAGAAUUAAGCACACAGUCUUUGGAGCCAGUAUCCCAGGGAGAUCCAAGUAAUAACUUUGCAGCUACUUUUUAUUUCUCAUUCUCACUCUUCAGAGACAACCCUGCUACUCAGUUUAACCUCAAGACUCACAUGAAUUCCCAAGAUCUGAAGACAGCAGUAGAGAAAAUUACCCAGAAAGGAGGGCUUUCUAAUGCAGGCCGGGCCAUCUCCUUUGUGACCAAGAACUUCUUUUCCAAAACCAAUGGAAACAGAGGCGGCGCCCCCAACGUGGCCGUGGUGCUGGUGGACGGCUGGCCCACGGACAAAGUGGAGGAGGCUUCGAGACUUGCAAGAGAGUCAGGAAUCAACAUUUUCUUCAUCACCGUAGAAGGUGCAGUUGAAAACGAGAAGCAGUACGUGAUGGAGCCCAACUUUGCAAACAAGGCUGUGUGCAGAACAAAUGGCUUCUACUCGCUCAGCGUGCAGAGCUGGUUUGUCCUCCACAAGAGCGUGCAGCCCUUGGUGAAGCGGGUCUGCGACACCAACCGCCUGGCCUGCAGCAAGACCUGCUUCAACUCAGCCGACAUUGGCUUUGUCAUCGACGGCUCCAGCAGCGUGGGGACAGGCAACUUCCGCACUGUCCUCCAGUUUGUGGCCAACCUCAGCAAAGAGUUUGAGAUUUCAGACACAGACACGCGCAUCGGCGCCGUGCAGUACACCUAUGAACAGCGGCUGGAGUUUGGGUUCGACAGGUACAGCACCAAGUCUGACAUCCUCAAUGCCAUCAAGAGGGUGGGAUACUGGAGCGGUGGCACCAGCACGGGGGCCGCCAUUAACUACGCCCUGGAACAGCUCUUCGAGAAGUCCAAGCCCAACAAGAGGAAGUUGAUGAUCCUCAUUACUGAUGGCAGGUCCUACGAUGACAUCCGGAUACCAGCCAUGGCUGCUCAUCGGAAGGGAGUGAUCACCUAUGCAAUAGGUGUUGCCUGGGCUGCACAGGACGAGCUGGAAGUCAUUGCCACUCACCCUGCCAGGGACCACUCCUUCUUUGUGGACGAGUUUGACAACCUCUACACAUCUGUCCCCAAGAUCAUCCAGAACAUUUGUACCGAGUUCAACUCACAGCCUCGGAAUUGAAUUGAGAGCAGGCAAAGCAUCAGCAAGAGCUGCUUUCCUGACGGGAUCUCUGGACAACCCCAGGGCUUUGUGGGGCACCCACAGUGCAACAAGGCUUGGGUAGGGUUCGGGAAACAGACGUGUUGCUACUAUCCUUUGCCGUCAUGGCUUCUCAUACUUCAGAAGUUCGAGUUGGAAAGAUCAUCAUAAAUUUGUAGAAUGAGCCAAAAUAAUACAUCAUUUUGAGGGUGCUGAGGAUUUUACAUUUUGACAAUUGUUUUCAAAAUAAAUGCUCAGAAUACAGUGCAGCACUUGUGACAAGCUUAAA